AUGGAUUCAGUUUUCAUAUAUGCUGCAGCUGGCCCUGCGCCUGUAAAGAUGGUUAAGAGGAGGGAGUCACGCAUACGGUCAUCCUUCUUUGGAAGCGGACGCCGUGGAAGCUGUGACCUGGCACCUGAAGAGGCAGAGACCAGUGGGAUGAAGAGUCCUUCAAGAUCAAUGACCAGCAGCACUUCAGAUGACAAGGAGAACUCGUCAUUCCUGAACCGAAGGAAGCUAAGAAAGUCAACAUCACACGCCAGCCUUGCAUCAAUUUCCACCGCAUAUGAGGCUCAGAGACAAGAGAAGCUUGGACGUCGAGGGUUCACGGACUUAUUGAGGGGAGGAGGUAAACAGACACCACCUACUCGACCGUCAAUUGGUUCAAGAAAGCUUACACAUCCUAUAAGCAAGCCAUUCAACUUCUCCCAUGUCACCCACACAAACUCAACAACCUUCGGCCAGAUUCAGCAGACAGAAGACAGUGUGCUUGUUCAGGAUUGGCACAAGGCAGUGCGGGAAUCAAGGAUGCCUGGCUCACGACGAAAGACCGAGUCAACAGUUGUAGUUACACCUGCAACAGUUGCUCUUCAGAGGACUACAUCUAUUCGAUCAAGAAAACGGGCCAACACAAACCUAACAAUCUCCCCCAGGGACUCGAUUGACUUCGGCCAGCCCUCACCUACUCUUUCAGAUGAGAACACUAUCCAUACUUGCCCUCGUACACCACCUCCACGAACCACAUCAAAGCAUUGCCUCCGAAGCCUUGUGGAGGACCCAGUCGAAGAAGACAACGAGUGUGUAUUCAGACCAGGACGUGACUCAGUGUUCCUACUGGGUGGAAGAAAGACACCAAUCAAAGUAGUGAGGGAGCAGAUGAGUGACUCAGACUCAUCAAACUCAUCAACAAACGAUGAGUAUGAUGAGGGAAUUUCAGAACUUCGUUCAUCGAAAUCAACACCUGAUUUACUUGCACUUAGACGCAAUAGUUACUUGAUGGGACGACCCGUCAGCCAGAUUGGUGUUUUCGACGACUCGACUGCUACUUCCGCUCAGACCAACAGAAUGUCAAUGGCCGGACGACGAAUGUCUAAGAGAUUCUCCAUUCGCCCAGACGCACUCGCCCAGGAUGUCGGUGAUUUCCUUGACUCAUGGGAAGAGGGCAUUGACUGGUGCUACGAGAACGACUACGAAAACGAGGUCGAUGAGAUUCAAUGGGAUACUCCCGAUUACGGCAUGACACCUGCACCUUCCUGCGAGUCUCUACCAAUAGACAACGACAUGUUGAAGGUUCCCGAAGUCAAAGACGAGUUUGUGCUUGUGGAGAAGAGGAUCACCGGUGUGUUUGAGGACAAACUUCUUCUUCCUCCUUCUCCUCAACUGACCUCGUUCCCCGAUUCGACCAUUGGGAUCGCCGACGGUGGCUUUGAAUCGUACGAACCGGAGAGUGAGGACAUAAUCUUCCGUGCGGCCUCAACCGCACUGAGACACCGCUCGAUCAGUUCUGCCGCGUCUCUCCCAGACCUCAUUCACAGCCGACCAUACCGCGACGAACUCAACCGUGUGGCUCAGCAGCUCGACGAUCACAUCGCGGCACUAAACCAGGAGUCAACACGACCCAUCAGCACGAACACUCGUGAUCCUCAUGCGUUCUACUUGGGAAACCGAUCUAGAGCGUACUCGGAAGCCACAUGCGUCACGCUUUGCUCUGAUAGUACAGAGACUGCAACACCUGCCAGUGCAGAUGAGAUUCCCACUCCCAAUAGUUCGGCUCACAACUCCUUUCAAUUCACGGGCCGGGAUGAUGGGCGUGCUGAGAAAGGCUUAUCAUUCCCAGCUGCAGCUCUUCCUGGCGUCAUCGAAUUUGCUCCUGAUGGCCUGCAUCACAUUGCUGCCGAUGAGCAGGAAUUCGUUCAUUUCAUCUGA